AUGGCACCCUACGUCCAAGACACCACUGGCACCGAUGUCGUAUCCCAGGCUCACCUCCAGUCGAAGAGCGUAGCUCUGAAGCACGACUCCGUUGCGAAGCCUGUUGCAGACGACUUCAUGUACGACUUCAAAUAUAAUCAUAGUCUGCCCACCACCGACGUCUUGGGUAUUGACAUCCCCGCCGAUUGCGACGCAAAAAAAGAGGCUGAGGGGAUUUUGGCUCAUCUCUCCAAGGCCACAUCUAGCGAGGAUGCUCAAGGCUUCGCCGACCUGUUCCUCGAUUAUGGUGUUUGGCGCGACAAGCUAUCGUUUACCUGGGAUUUCCGCACCUUCAACUUCAGGGACGCUAUCUUGAAAGCCGCCACGGACCUUUUGUCUCAGACCAAGGCUAGGAACUUCGAGUUCCUUGCACCUGCGCCUUCGAUCUCUCGUCCUUAUCCCGACUUUUCACAGCUGCAGUUCGUUGUUUCUUUUGAGACUGAACUAGUGACUGCUUCUGCGGUUAUCAAUGCAGUUCUCACUCAGGAUGGUUGGAAGAUCUAUACCAUGCACACUGUCGCCGAGAGCCUGAAGCAGUUCCCAGAGCAGGCCGCUCCGGAUGGACAUAUGACUGGUAUCACUAGCUGGGAAAGCCAGAGAGCUGAAGCUAUCAAUACUGUCGAUCCCGAGGUGUUGAUAAUUGGCGGUGGUCAAAAUGGUCUCGCCAUGGCAGCGCGCUUGAAAGUCCUCGGCAUGGACAACCUGAUCAUCGAGCGAAGCGACGAAGUCGGAGACAUCUGGAAGAAGCGCUACGAAUAUCUUUCCCUCCACUUCCCACACUGGCCCGACGCCCUGCCAUACUUCAAAUACCCCCAGCAUUGGCCCACCUACACCCCAGCCCAGAAGCAGGGUCUAUACAUGAAGUGGUACGCGUCCGCACUAGAGUUAAAUGUCUGGACCAAAUCAGAAGUCGUCAAGGCCAAUCAAGACCCCCAAGGUCGGUGGACAGUCAUCAUCAACAAGGGAGGCGAGACCCGCACCCUGCACCCCAAGCAACUCAUAAUGGCCACUUCGCUAUGUGGCGUUCCCUCCACCCCAGCCGUGCCUGGUAUGGCCGAUUUCCGAGGUGUGAUUCGGCAUUCCAGCGCCCACAAGACCUCCCGUGACUUUAUCGGAAAGAAGGUCUGUGUGGUCGGUACUUCAUCCUCGGGCUUUGACACGGCCUACGAGUGCGCCCGUCUAGGGAUUGACGUGACUCUCCUCCAACGGUCGCCGACAUACGUGAUGUCUUUGACACACUCGGUUCCGCGUAUGCUGGGGGGCUAUGCGCCUGAUGAGAAUGGCAAACUUCCUGAUACUGAUGUGCAGGAUCGUCUUAAUUUUUCGAUGCCGGUUGGUCCGGGCGAGGAGCUUGCUAAGCGUACUGCGAAAGAUCUCGAGAAUCUCGAUGCCCCCUUGCUUGAAGCUCUUAAUGCGCGGGGACUGCGAACGUGGCGCGGUCAGCGUGACACUGGGAAUUCCACGCUUGGACAGACUCGGAAUGGCGGGUUCUAUUUCGAUGCCGGGGCUUGCGAGGAAAUUAUCAAUGGGAAUAUCAAGGUGGAGCCUGGAUUUAUUGAGAAGUUCACUGAGGAUAAGGUGGUUCUGAAUGGCAAUCGCGAGAAGGAGUUUGAUCUAGUCAUCUUUGCUACUGGAUUCUCCAACACCAUCGAUUCCAUUCGGGCCACUCUUGGUGAAAAGAUCGCCAGUCAAUGCGGACCCAUUUGGGGAAUCGAUGAAGAAGGCGAAUACAAAACGGCGUACCGAGAGACGGGAGUUCCUAACAUGUGGAUCAUGGUUGGUUUCCUUCCGAUGACUCGAUAUGCUUCAAAACUGCUGGCAUUGCGGCUGAAGGCUCUCAAGGAGGGUGUUUCACCAUCUCCUUACAAAGUUUAG